CCGCAUUCAAGGUCCAUUGAACACGCGCCCGAAACAACUGUCCAGCUUGACGCUCGCCAACUAGUGUUCUCGCGUUACUGCUGUUGCUUUUACAUAUGCACGCGCGCCCUCAGCAGGUCACGCCACUGCACUGACGAAACGGUGCGCACCGAAGAGAACCUUGCAGCGAGCGUUUUAACUGAAACGUACAGGAUGGAUAAACCGCGCGUUGUGGACCUCCGAUCGGACACGCUGACCAAGCCGACGCCCGAGAUGCGACAGGCCAUGCGGGACGCCGAGGUCGGCGACGACGUCUUCAAGGAAGACCCCACCGUCAACGAGCUCGAACGAGUGGUGGCCGAGCUUCUGGGAAAGGAGGCUGCCCUGUUCGUGCCCACGGGGACCAUGGGAAACCUGGCAGCAGUGAUGGCCCACAGCGACAGGAGGGGAGAGGAGAUCCUGGUUGGCGACGCGUCCCACAUCUUCCUCUGUGAGCAGGGGGGCACGGCGCAGGUGGCCUCGGUGCACAGCUGGGCCGUCCCGACGCAGAGCGACGGCCGACUGCUCAUCGAAGACCUCGAGUCGCGUGUCAGGUACCGCAACAUACCCUGCCCCAGGACUGCACUGCUGUGCCUCGAGAACACGCACAACUUCUGCGGAGGCACCGUGCUCUCCGUCGACUACGUGGAACAGGCUGCCCGCUUUGCCAGGAGCCACAACAUACCGCUUCACAUGGACGGUGCGAGGAUCAUGAAUGCGGCAGCGUACCUGGGCCUGCCGCCGAAGGAUCUCCUGAAGGGCUGCGACUCCGUCAUGAUGUGCAUUUCAAAGGGUCUUUCGUGCCCCAUCGGGUCACUGGUGGCCGGGUCAAAUGACUUCAUUUACAAGGUAUCAAGAGCCCGCAAGUGCCUCGGUGGGGGCAUGCGCCAGGCGGGAAUCGUGGCGGCAGCCGGACUCGUGGCGCUCAAGACCAUGGUGCCCAGAGUGCACGAGGACCACGACAACGCACAGAGACUCGCCAGAGGCGUCAGUCUUCAGGGUAACCCGUUCAUCGGCCAGGACCUGACGACGGUGCAGACCAACAUGGUCGUCUACGAGUUCCGGGACACGGCCAAACUGUCUCCCGUCGCGUUCUGCGAGCGUCUCAACAAGGUGACGCGGAGGGAGUACGAAGACCUCCAGCAGGCCGUCACGGUCAAGAUGAUUCCCAUUGGGCUGACUAAGGCGCGAGCAGUCCUCUACAACGGCGUCGACGCGGAUGACGUAGACGCAGCACUGGUCAAGAUACGCUACGUCAUCGAAGAACUCUGUCGCUCCGCUGGAGCCUAGGCGAUAACUACUUACGAUACAUUCGGGUGGUUGUUGCACAGUGCUCUGAUUGUUAUCGAAGAAUUGAUGUAAAAGAGCAAGCAAGCAUCACUCCUGAAAUGAGUGCGCAACCACGUGAUAAGCAAUGAGCAACAUGACUGUAACACUUGCUUGUUCUAGUUGUAGAUAUAUUUUAUUUCGUUAUUUACUUUUUUCUGCUUUACCGCUGUUUACGUGAAAUUUUGCAGCUGCGUUCCAUCCACAAACGGUCCAGGAGGGAUCUAUAUGAUGGGGAACGUACAUGUUACUCGAGUCGUGGCACAUACAGAGGACAGCCCAUAACAUCAACCGCUCUCUCGGAACUCUUCCCCCAGUGUAUACACACGGACUGCGCUCCACGAGAAAAC